AUGGCGCGAUCAAAGCAGUGCGUCUCUAAGAUCAACAAAGCGCCGGCUGCAGCAGGUCGCGGUCGCGGUGGUGCUCGUGGUAAAGAUAUCGCUAAUGGUGGCGAGAAGAAGCAGAUCGGGAUGACACCUUUAGAGCUCCGCCAACUGAAAGUGGCCUCAGCGGAGUUUCAUCGUUCGCAAAUUUUAGAAGCGGUUGGAGGAGGCAAGAAGGUAGACAAAGGUCAUGGCGAAGGGAGUUCUGGGGUGAAUCGUGGCUCUCAUCGUGACAAUAAUGUGGAGGACGAGGUUGAUGGAGAGGAUCGCGAACGGCACGGUGGUGUAGUAGGGGACUAUGGCGAUGAUGACGGUGUGGCCGGAACCGCUGGUCCAACCAGUGCAGAUGGCGGCACUGCUGCUCGCGCGGAUGGUGACGAGGAUGAGGCGGAUGAGGAGAUGGUGGCGGCUGACGAAGAGAAGGACGAGGAAGCGGAGAGGGAUGCUGACGAGGAAGAGGAAGGGGAUGCCGAGGAGGAAGAGGAGGGGGAUGCCGAGGAGGAAGAGGAGGGGGAUGCCGAGGAGGAAGAGGAGGGGGAUGCCGAGGAGGAAGAGGAGGGGGAUGCCGAGGAGGAAGAGGAGGGGGACGGGGAGGAGGAAGAGGAGGGGGAUUCGGAGGAGGGGAGCGGUGACGACUCUGAGGAGGAGGUGUACACCGGUGACGGAGAGGAGGCGGAGGACGACAACGCUGAGGACUUCGACGACUUGGAAGAGGAAGGGAUGGAGGAAACAGAGGGAGAUGGGGUGGAGAGUGCUAAAAAGAGGAAGCGGGGUGGAAAUGGGAAGGGUAAGAAGGCAGUAGGCGGUCGAGGUGGGGGGGGGAAAGGGGGCGGCCGGGGGAAAGGAGGUGGGCGAGGGAGAGGGAGGGGGCGUGGUAAGGCCGGAGUUCGAGCGGGAGGGCAGAUUCGGAGGGAGGACACUUCGGGGAUGUUCCAUGGUGGGGAGGUGGGCCAAAACGACCACUUCCCUGAGGGGGGGUAUGGGGUUGACGACGAGGUUCCGGACGGGGGCGUUAAAUGGGUAGGCGUAGACACUUGGCCAGCACCGCCCACUGAGGGGGUGCCAGCGAGGAAGGGGCAGCAGCUGAUCACGCAGACCUACCCCAAGCGCUUCAACAAGGACUAUCUGCAGCAGGCCAUGUGCGAGUGGGUGGUCGCCACCGACCAGGCAUUCACUGUGGUGGAGCACCCGACGUUUCGCAAUAUGAUGGCGGCCGCCAAUCCUAAGUGUGCCGUGGAGAAAGUGAUUCCAUCGCGCUCCACCCUAGCCCGCCAAAUCAUCCGCCUGGCAGGGCUGGCAAGGAUCAAGCUCAAGGAGAUGCUUGCUGCUGACGGGGUAGGGGCUGUUGCACUUACGCAUGACAUAUGGACCGGUGAGAAUCACCGGUCGUACAUAUCUGUGACAGGUCACUGCGUGAAUGAGAAGUUUGAGCUCAUGCAGAUAACCCUCGACUUCCGCGCUAUGCCUGGCAAGCACACCAGCCAGAGGAUCAUCGAGAUGCUGCUCGAUGUGGUGAAGGAGUGGAACUUGGAGACGCGGUGCAUUGCUGUGACAUCCGACAACGCGUCGGCCAAUGUCGCAGCGAUGGCGUUCCUUUGCCGUGGGGGGCGAACCGACCGUCAGCCGCCCUUGUUCUCCUCCGGGAUGCACGUCAGGUGCAUGGGCCACAUUUGCAACCUAGCAAUCCAGCUAGGGCUGAAGACAGUGCUCGAUAUCAAGGAGCCGCUAGGGAUCGUUAGAGACCUAGCGACCUUCAUUGGGUUAUCGCCCAAGAGGACAACCCUGUUCGAGAAGAUCCAGAAGCGUGCAAAUGAGAAGGCGAUGAUAUUGCGCCUUCGCGGGGACAAUGAGGUGCGGUGGGGCUCGACCUACCUCAUGCUCGAGCGCGCGCUUCGACUUCGAAGUGCCAUUGAGACCUUCUACCGCAAAGCUCCAGUAAGCAAGUAG